CCUCCCCAGCCGUCCCGCGACAUAGCGCCCACCACCCCCCCCCCCCCCCCGCCCCCCCGGGUCUCUCUCCCUACGGCACCCUUGAAGUUGCUGUCGGCAAUCGGCUAACCAGCAAGCUGCUGGAAUUUCCGGCGGUGCACGAUCUUCUUCCACUAUCAUUUAUUAGCGUCCUCCAGUAGUUGCGUCGCGCACCAUCACAUAUUAAAAUAUUGCUGUCAAAAAUGAUAGCAGCAAUUUCAUGGGUCCGGAAAGGGGUCGCAAAGUCUUUUCCCGAUGUGGCGGAGCCACCUUCAAAAGAGGAAAUUGAUGAGAUCUUGAAGUGUGAAGCUUUAGAUGGGAGGAGAAAUAGUGAGACUGAGGAGGAUGAUGAAGAUAUGGAUACUGAUGCUGCAACAAAAGUUGAUAAAGUUGUCCAAGCAUUAGGUGCCGCAGAUGCAGUUGGCCGAACUUCCAGUGACAUAACUUCAGGGACAAAUUUUAGGGACAUCACUGAUGGUUUGAGGGAACUUGACAUGGAACAUUACGAUGAAGAGGAUGAUGGAAUUGAGCUGUUCAGCACGGGGCUCGGGGACACCUACUACCCCAGUAAUGAGGUGGAUCCCUUCCUUAAGGAUGAUAAUGACUCAGAAGACCUGGAGGACAUGGCAAUAAAAGCAGAAGAUGGCAUCAUAGUUUGUGCUCGUACUGAAGAUGAGAUGGGUCAUCUUGAGGUUUGGAUACUUGAGGAAUCAAGCGAUGGUGACUCAAACAUGUAUGUUCAUCAUGAUAUCAUUAUUCCAGCAUUUCCCCUAUGCACAGCAUGGCUUGAUUGCCCACUUAAAACUGGAGAAAAAGGAAACUUUAUAGCUGUAGGAUCAAUGGAACCUUCCAUUGAAAUUUGGGACCUUGACAUGAUUGAUGAAGUCCAACCACAUAUGGUAUUAGGUGGCAUUGCCGAGAAGAAAAAAAAGAAAAAGAAAUCAAUUAAAUACAAAAAAGACAGCCACACCGAUUCAGUACUUGGUCUUGCUUGGAACAAGGAGUUCAGGAAUAUACUUGCUAGCGGUAGCGCUGACAAACUGGUUAAGAUUUGGGAUGUGGCUACUGGAAAAUGUGAAACCACCAUGGAGCAUCAUACUGGCGAGGUUCAAGCUGUUGCAUGGAAUCAUCAUGUACCACAAGUUCUUCUUAGUGGAUCUUUUGAUCGUUCAGUGGUUAUGAAGGACGGGAGGGUACCUUCGCACACUGGUUUUAAGUGGUCAGUUACAGCUGAUUUUGAAAGCUUGGCAUGGGAUCCACAUGUGGAACAUUCAUUCGUGGUGAGCCUUGGAGAUGGUACUGUUAAAGGCUUUGAUAUUCGGACAGCCACGUCUGAACCAACUGCUGAGUCAAAGCCAACUUUUAAUCUCCAUGCACAUGACAAAGUUGUUUGCACAGUCUCUUAUAAUCCUUCAGUGCGUAAUUUUCUGGCCACUGGGUCGCAGGAUAAAAUGGUUAAACUUUGGGAUCUUUCAGAUAACCAACCUAAAUGUGUUGCAUCUAAGAAUCCUGAACUUGGAGCUGUCUUUUCUAUUUCCUUCUCUGAGGACAGUCCCUUUUUGUUGGCUAUGGGAGGCUCUAAAGGGAGAUUAGAAGUGUGGGAUACCUCGACUGUUUCUGGAGUCUCCCGAUUAUUUGGGAAGAACAUCAAUCAGAACAGAUCCUAAUCAGAAUCUUGAUGACCAAAUUUAGAAAAAAUAGAGAUUCAUGGUUUUCUUUUGUAUUUUUCAAUUUUAAAUUUUGAUGUGGAAGGGGCAUGUAAUUAUUGUUUGAGAGGUAAAGUAGUACAGGCCAGGUCAAGACUAAAGUUUGUAGACUUCAGAAUCUGUUGUAGCAGCAAGAUUGAAAUGGUUAAAAAGUAUUUUAACAGGUUGAAGAGACUUGAUAUGGGGUAUGGAACACUUCGCAGGAUACCAAUGGCUUGAAGCCAGUUGAUUUCCUUGUUUUGGAGAAUUGUAUGUGUUAAAUCUUUCUUUUUAAUAUUUUCCCUGAAACUUAUUUCAGCAGUUUUGGCC